AUGGUGGCCAUCUUUACAUGGACCCCCUUCCCUUUCGCCUACCUCACGAUUUUUCUUGCCUGCGUUCUCGCUCCUGUUGUCUCUAACCCUGGUCGCCGCCAUCGUCGCGUCUUUUUCUUUCCCAUUUUGCUUCUGAGCAUACGGCUUCAAUAUGACGGAGAGGCGGGAUAUGCAACCAGCACGACGUGGUUUGUAUGGCUUCUAAUGGCGUCUGAUGUACUCCUGCUCACUGAUGUGCAAAUUGAACGUGAACUCUACCGUCUGGAGGAUAGCGGCAGUGGAAGACGAUCGAAACGCACGACAGGCUCUUUGGAUAGAAAGCCACUCUUGCAGCGCGUUACUUGGGCAUUGGAUGUUUUCUGUACCAGCGGAAGAGGUGUUGGUUGGGGUCACCAGCCUCGGCAUCUUCGACCACACCUCCCAGAAAUUUCCAAAGCCACUUUCCUUAUUCAACGAACCCUCCUCUUACUGGCCUCUAUCUGCAUAUUUGAUCUCGUCAAUGCCCAACUGCAUUGGAAUCCAGCAUUUUGCGCCAGACUGGGGCUUGCUAGUACCCGUUGGUUCUGGCGUAUUGCAGGUACCGCUAGUUGGGCAGCGCUUGCCGUGACUUCGCUGUCUAUACCCCAUAUCAUGCUCAGCAUCGGCGCUGUCGGACUGAAUAUUUCUCGGCCUCGGGAUUGGCCGCUGCUGUUUGGGGGGCUCGAAGACAUGGCCAGUGUGCGAACGUUUUGGGCACGGGGUUGGCAUCAAAUUCUUCGCCGGUCACUCACAGCUCAUGGCCGCUACCUUGCCAACACCGUCCUCAAGCUUCCCCCGCGCUCACUAUCGUCUCUCUGUGUGGUCAUCAGCACUGCAUUUGUUCUUUCAGGACUAAUUCAUAAUCUCGGCGAACGUGUCCCGUUGAAUCGUGUCGGUUAUAGCGGUGGAUCGCUCAUAUUUUUCUCCAUCCAACCGCUGGCUAUUGGUCUCGAAACACUCUUCGCGCUUUGUUUCCGCCAUACUGCCAUCUCCACGCAAUGGCGCCGAACUCUGGGAUUGGCCUGGGUUUUUGCAUGGUUCGCGCUCACAUUGCCCAUUAUGCAGGACCCGUUGUUGCGGUCGGGUGAGCUGGAGCCUCGGCUUCAUGUCAGCUUUGUGGUGUGGGCCGUCGGAAGAGGGUGGGAUCUGACACAGGAAAAAAAUUGCUCGUUCGAAUAG